AUGCGACCCGUCGACGUUACCCCCGCGAUCGCCGAAAGACUCUUGGCUACGGUGGUGUACAGCGCGAUAAAGAUCGCGGGUCCGGAAAAGUUUAAAAUGAGCGACUCGGUACGCGUCAGCAAAUACAAGACAAUUUUCGAAAAGGGUUACACACCGAAUUGGACCGAGGUGUUUAAGAUCGAUAAAGUGCAGCAUACCAAUCCCGUAACUUACUUACUCGAGGACUAUCGUGGAAAAUCCGUCGCUGGAGCGUUCUACGAAUACGAGUUGCAUCGCGCGACUUAUCCGGACGUGUAUCUCGUGGAGAAAGUAUUGCGCAGGAGGGGCGACGAGGUUUACGUGAAAUGGCUGGGAUUCGAUGGAUCAAACAAUUCAUGGAUACACAAGGACAAUGUGAUUUAA